GUUGGAUCACGUGGGGUCCUUCCAUUGAAAUGAACUGAACCGUGGUUGACGUCUGCCUCUAUCACGCUAGUAGCUAUACCAACUGCUGCCAUGGCAGGAAGCACCUGGAGGACUGCAGUCUUCAACCUUCUGAGGAGGUGGGGCCUGAAGGACACCAAGGCUUUCACUGCUGACCAAGUGCCACAAGCCCCUAGACAGCAGCGUCCUCGGGCCAGCGACCAUGGAAUGCAGACGGUGACACUAAUCCCUGGGGAUGGAAUCGGUCCCGAGAUCUCCACUGCUGUGAUGAGGAUAUUUGAAGCAGCUCAAGUACCCAUUCAGUGGGACGAGAGGAAUGUCACAGCCAUCCAAGGGCCAGGUGGUAACUGGAUGAUACCUCCAAACACAAAAGAAUCAAUGGACAGAAACAAAAUUGGCCUCAAAGGUCCCUUGAAGACCCCAGUUGCAGCUGGCCAUCCUUCAAUGAACCUUCUCUUGAGAAAAACAUUUGAUCUGUAUGCAAACGUACGCCCCUGUAUGUCUAUUGAGGGCUACAAGACCCCCUAUACAGAUGUGGACCUGGUGACCAUACGAGAGAACACUGAGGGGGAAUACAGCGGGAUCGAACAUGUGAUCGUAGAUGGAGUUGUACAGAGCAUAAAGCUCAUCACAGAAGAUGCAAGUGAACGUAUUGCAAAGUACGCUUUUGAAUAUGCCGUUAAUAACCAGCGCUCCAGUGUUACUGCGGUGCAUAAGGCAAAUAUAAUGCGUAUGUCAGAUGGUCUCUUUCUCCGCAAAUGUCGAGAAGCAGCCGAGAAUUACAAAGAUAUCAAGUUUACUGAGAUGUACUUGGACACUGUGUGUCUUAAUAUGGUCCAAGACCCCACACAGUUUGACGUUCUAGUGAUGCCAAAUUUGUAUGGCGACAUACUAAGCGAUCUUUGUGCUGGGCUCAUCGGAGGACUGGGAGUGACUCCCAGUGGAAACAUCGGGACCAAUGGAGUCGCCAUCUUUGAAUCGGUUCAUGGAACGGCCCCGGACAUAGCGGGAGCAGACCUCGCCAACCCCACUGCCCUGCUGCUCAGUGCCGUCAUGAUGCUGAGGCACAUGGGGCUGCACGCCCAUGCCCAGAGGAUCCAGACUGCCUGCUUCAACACCAUUCAAGACAAACGGGUGCUGACAAAAGACCUGGGGGGAAACGCCAAGUGCUCAGAAUUCACGGCGGCGAUCUGUGAGAGGGUCCAAGACUUGGACUGAAGAGGUGGACCCCAGAGUCCAGGCAGGGCUGGAUCCUCUCGCUGCACCAGUUCCUCGUCUUACUAUGGCUCUUUAGUUACUUUCAGUUUUGCAAACCAAAAAGCAGAAGCACUGAAAUAGAUGACUCUUGACUAGCCAAUGUCUUUCUGUGAGCAAAUCUUGGUCUUAAACUGGACAAUUUCAAGUAUAAUGUUAUUUAUUUAAUGAAUUUAUGUAAUUAAGGUUGAGCCUUUAGGAGGGACUCUUUGAAAUGAGAGUUCAAACAGAACAUAUAUGUUGGAAAGAUGCCCUGGAUGUAUGCAAAUGUCUGAUUGCUAAGAUGAAAGUUAUUGUUGCUCGGGGAGAGAUUGCCUGUCCUCAUGAAUAACUGAAAAGGCUAAACUGUGAUCUUGUCGCACACAAUCAAUAAAAAGCUUAGAA